AAUUUGUGGUAAGAAUAUACUGUGAUCAUCCAACAAUAAGCCCAUUUCUAAAAAAAACUUAUAUAUGUGUGCUUGUGGUGGCAAUCAAACCCUGUGAAACCGUCUCAGUUACAUGUUAAUACGCCCCCUCUAAUCAUACAAUGACCUUCGAGAAUAUCCCUGAUGUAUUAACUAUGUGAUGCGUGCGUUUAUCUUAAAUGUAAGCCAAUAACAAUGUAAAGACGUUUGUAAAUGACCUUGAUUCAUGGUCGGCUCGCCUCUCCUGUACUAUGCGAAGUUUCUCACGGUAGGUAGAUAAGCGUUUGGAGCGAUUGUAACCAUGUCGGCAGCCUGUAAGAAAUUGAUUAACACUGUGGAGCAAUGUGUGGACGAGAAUCUGGAGGGUUUGGUCGCUGUCAAUCCCGGACUACAGCUACUGGAGGGACUGAGGGUGGUAGUGCGGACGGACGUCGGACCAAAUGUGGUGGGGGCCGGGAAGGUUUCCCUUCUUAGCGGGGGAGGGUCAGGUCACGAACCAGCUCAUGCAGGUUAUGUUGGCCCUGGGAUGCUGACAGCAGCAGUAGCUGGGUCAGUGUUUGCAUCCCCUCCCCCAUAUAGCAUUCUGGCCGGCAUCAAGGCUGUAUCCGCACCUGGUUCAGCUGGCGUAUUGCUGAUAAUAAAGAAUUACACAGGAGACAGACUAAACUUUGGCAUGUCGGCUGAGAGAGCCAAGACACAACUAGGGGUGAAGGUAGAAAUGGUAGUAGUAGGGGAGGAUUGUGCCUUGACCUCUUCUGACAAGACUGCAGGCAGGAGGGGACUCUGUGGGACCCUUUUUAUCCACAAGAUAUGUGGAGCUUUGUCUGAUGAAGGCAAGAGUUUGGAAGAAAUUGUCACAGUUGCCAAGGAUGCUGCUUCAAAGAUGGGGACCAUUGGAUUAAGUUUGACCCCCUGUAGCAUUCCUGGUUCUGGGCCUUCCUUCCACAUUGCAGAUGAUGAAAUGGAGUUAGGACUCGGAGUCCAUGGUGAAGCAGGUGUAAAAAGAACUAAGUUGGUCAGUGCCAAGGAAGCAGUCAAGAUGAUGAUUGAUCACAUGACCAAUUCCAGCAAUUGUACACAUCUUCCUGUCAAAGAAGGUGACAGAGUGGCUUGUAUGAUCAACAACCUUGGUGGGACCUCUAUGUUGGAGCUUAACAUCAUUGCCAAGGAGGCCAUAGAAUUACUAGAGAGAAGAGGAGUACUGGUAGAGAGAGCUUACUGUGGGACAUACAUCACAUCCCUGGAAAUGGCGGGAAUAUCUAUCACACUGCUGCACCUGGAUGAUACAUUGAGACGCUGCCUAGAUGCACCUACAACUGCCCCAGCUUGGCCCCACCCCCUUCUGCCACCUGGGACAUUGACACGGCAGACACCUGUCAGAAUGCCAAGGGAAAACAUCCAAGCUCAGGUCACCAAGACAGGCCCCAAAAUGGCAACCAUUGGGUCAGCUGAAGCCAGCCUUAUUUUUGAUUGUCUGAAGCUAGCUGGAGAGCGUCUGGUAGCUGCAGAAUCACAGCUUAAUGAGCUAGACCGAGAGAGUGGAGACGGUGACUGUGGCAGUACAAUGGCUAGGGGUGCACAAGGAAUAUUGACUAGUUUGGGAAGUAAGGACAGUCCAAAUCUGCCUGUUUCAUGUCCUGGUGACCUUGCUCUGACCUUGGCUAGUGCUGCAGAGGAUACAAUGGGAGGUUCAUCAGGAGGGUUGUACAGUCUUUUCUUCACUGCGGCCUCUGCCAGUCUACAGACCAAAGUCUCUCCUGAUGCUUACUGUGAAGCCCUCAAAGCUGGAAUACAGACCAUGAUGAAAUAUGGUGGUGCUGAGCCAGGGGACAGAACCAUGCUUGACCCUCUACACUCGGCCAGCCAAGCGUGGUCAGUAGCCUUAUCCAGUCACACACCAUUGGAGGCAUUCCGUCUGGCUGUAGAGGCUGCUGAGAAGAGUGCGGAAGAGACAGCCAAGAUGAAAGCUCAAGCUGGCAGAGCCAGCUAUGUUAGUGCAGAUCACCUGAAGAACCCUGAUCCAGGAGCCCGAGCUGUAGCUGUGUGGUUUAGGGCAGUACUAGAGGCCUUAUCCUCAUAAAAGAAAUCAGCUGGUGAUACCUUGCUUCUUCUUUUGAUCAAUUUUAAGGCAGUGGACAUAUUGUUUUAUCUAAAGGAUAGAGGCAAGGUCCAUUUAUCCAGAUCAUGGAAUAUACUCAGGUGGCCCGUAUCCAACAGCUAUUGUGUGAUUGUGAGAGAUAUUUUAAACAGGUGCUAAUAUGGUUUUGAUUUCAUACGUAUAUAACAUAAUAUCCAUUACGUAAUCUGUGUGUAUGUUUGAAUGUAUGUAAGUAUAUUUUGUCUCAGUGUCAGCCAUUAUGAUAUCUACCCCCGGUAUUCCCUAUGAUGUUAAUACUUGGGAAAGUGAAAGUGAGAGGAUAUAUAUAAAGAUAUGAGUUACACUGAUCAGUUUAAUGAUGUUAAGAAUAUUAUUAUAUUAAUUUUAGCAUAUGUAAUAGCUCAAAAGAUUUAUAUUAAA